CUCCGAUAGUCUGACAAGUAAUGCUUCGUUUUUUCCGAUAAACAAUAACGGCCAAUUUAGGGUUUUACUGUUUUAGUGAUUGUUCUUUUUAUCUUAUUAGUUUUUAGCUUUUUCUAAUAUAUCAUACAGUCAUACCUAUAAACUUAAUGGUUACAAUUUAACUAUUUAACAGACGUUUUCCAUCAAAAUUGUAUUAUUCGUACGGCCGUUAAUUAAUGUCGUCUGCAUUUUGCGUGACUACUGACUAGGUAGUGUGUUUUAGACGUUUUAGUCGCCCACGCUACGUUAUAAUUGUUUAAUAAUUUGUAGUGAGUCUCGUUCACUUUGACAUUUUCGAAUUUUUGCUCAUAUGAUACUGGCUUAAAUGACAUUUUAAAUGUAAAAUCGUUCCAUCAUCAAUUGCAGAUCGAGAGAAGAAAGUAUUACAAUUUAGUAAUUUCAACAUUCACGAACCCUAUAAGUGUCCUAAACAUCAACUCACUGUUGAAUUUUCCGCAAUAUUGUUUGAUUGAAUAGUAAAAUGGCAAACAACACUUGGAAUUUUUGGAUUUCUAAUAUCCAAAAAACGACUACUUGGAACAUGUAUGAUGGUUUUAAAUUCAAUAAAAAUCAAAAUCAAGCUUUAGUUAAUUAUAAACACAAAAGUGUCAUUAGUCGUCCAAACCGUGUGUUACAUAUUGAAAUUCUUCAGUGUACAGUUAAAAUCACUACACAUGUAUUGUAUUCAAUUUUGAUUACUCACGGAGAAAUACUGCGAAUUGUUAUAUACAGAAAGAUUAGGAAACUCAGAGCAUUUGUUGAAUUUAGCAAGGAAGAAUUUGCAACAAAAGUAUUUGAUGAAUCUAAUCAUAUUACUUUAGAUUACAUAAGAUUGAAGGCUGAUUAUGCCAAACUUUCCAGUAUAACUGUAAUAAAAAAUGAUGAAUUGAAUUGGGAUUAUUCAAAGUCACCUUUAUUAGAAUUUGUUGGUGGUUUACCUACAUUAAAACCUAUUGUUGCUGUUUUAAAAGAUUCACCUCAAAGAACAAAAAUUCCAAACAUUGCAGAACGCGACAAAACUUGGGAACUGGUCGAAAACUAUAAUUUCAUUUAUCCUGAUAAUAAAUCUCCCGUACCAGGAACAAGUACUACAAAAAAGAUCGUUUUAACCGCAAACAGUGAAACCCGUAAAACACUUUUGGCUAUUUCAGUUUCCGAAGAAUUUUCUGUUCUUUCUGUUCGUGGCCUUGACCCGACUAAGAGCAAUUGUAAUCGAAUUUUCAAAUUAUUGUCAAUGUAUGCCACGGUGGCUAAAAUUAAUUAUUCACGUGAAUUAAAUUCUGCCGAAGUUCAAAUCAGUAAAUGCAAUGAUAUCAAUGCGUUUGCUCAAAUUCAACAUCAUUAUCUUUCGCACGGAUUAAAUUUAUCACUCCAGUAUUUAAAAGGUGAACGGAUGUUAAAAAAUCGUAAUAUCGAUCCAUUCGUUUUGCCCGAUGGAUCACCAUCAUAUGUAAUCUAUGAUCGAAAAAUGACACCUCAUGUAUUAUGUCCACCAUCUAGAGUGCUCCAGUUUGAAGGUGCUCCGCCCUGUAUGAAUGAAGAGAAACUCAUUUCCCUAUUAACACGAACAAUUAAAGUAGAGGAUUUCAAGAUGAGAGUGACUACUCCUAAAGAUACUAAAAAAAGUCCGACGAUCAGCGGUGAAAUUUGGUUUUCUACCCCAAGUGUAGCUAUUGAAGUCGUAAUGGAAAUUAAUUAUGCUAUUUUUUGGAAUAAAGUUAGCCACAAACAGGAGUACGUGUUGAAACUAUCAUUUAUUUCUGAAGUAAUGCCGAUAUUAAAAACUGUUGAGCUCAAAAAAGAAAAUAAUAAAACGAACAAAAAAAUCGAAAUAGAAAAUAUUAAAGCAAUCAAAACGGAAGAUAAUAAAGCGAUCAAGACGGAAGGUAAUAAACCGAUCAAAACGGAGGAUAAUAAAGCGAUCAAGACGGAAGGUAAUAAACCGAUCAAAACGGAAGAUAACAAAACGAUAAAAACAGAGUGUAAUAUAGUCAUUAAAAAAGAAGCCAUCUACUAUUGUUAAACUAAAUGUUUAUACUAAAUGUUGUGUUUUUGCAUAGAACGUAUUUAAUAAAAUGUUCAUGACAUAAUUAAUUAUAACCGUUGUUAUGAAUGUAAACCAAUAAUA